AUGAUUCACUAUACAGCGGAGUACAUUUUUGUAAAUAUUUUGAAGGAAUUGGAAAUGUACAAACCAGAGCUGUUGGACAAGCCCGCUGUGUUAUGUAUAAAUAAAAUGGACACUAUUGCGGAUGAUAAUCACGACGUGAACGACAUUCGUCACCGGAAGUCGUACGAAGACUGGCAGAAAAUACCUGAAGGCAUAAUGCAUCCCGAGAAAGUUCUUAAACUGUACGACGUGUUUUACAUCUCGGCAAAAACGGGUGCCAACGUUGCCAGAGUCAAGCAACGUCUUCGCGAAAUCAUUGAUGAGAUCGACGAUGCCAAGAAAGGGCCUCAUCGACUCAUGUUGAUGGAGAAGAACUUGGCUCCGCCGCUCGGUGAUGACGAACUUGACUAUCAGUAA